AUGGCCAAACAGCCAAACAGUCAACGGCAAGACUUGCUCCAAGUCAUUGCUUCCAAUCCCUUUCAGACUCAUCCUCGUCAAGCUAAAUUUUGGCAUGGCCGAGUCUUUUCCAAGGAACAAGACGAAGAGAAUCGCAUGCUGUUGCUAUUGCCCCCUACCAUGACAUGGGAAUCGCCUGACAAACCACGAGAUGAUCAUCACAACACCAACAUUGAGGAUGAUCCAAAGUCUUGGCUGACUGCUUCCGAAUACCAAGAUGAAGACAGGCUCAUGCAACUCAAGAUUCAAAAGUUAGCUGAGCUACUACGACAAUCCAAAAAGACUGUUGUUUAUAGUGGAGCAGGUAUCUCUGUAGCUGCUGGAAUUGGACAAGCGGCUCGAGGAAGCAGCCAAAAUGGCACCAAGAAACAUCCCAUCUUUGGCAUUACCAAAGCGAACAAGAUGAGCGCCAAGCCGACUCCUACCCAUUAUGCCUUGGGUGCAUUGGCAUCAAACGACUUGAUUCAUGGGUGGAUCCAACAAAAUCACGAUGGAUUGCCCCAAAAGGCUGGAUUCCCUCAAGACAAGAUCAAUGAGAUUCACGGAAGUUGGUACGAUCCUUCCAACCCUGUGGUGAAGUAUUCCGGGUCCUUAAGACACUCUGAAUACAAAUGGAUGGUCAAGGAAGCCGAAAGUGCCGACUUGGUAUUGGUCUUGGGCACCAGUCUCAGUGGACUCAAUGCGGAUCAAGUGCCCAUCAAGGCUGCCCAUCGAUCGCUUCAAGGGAAAUCUCUAGGUAUGGUCAUUAUCAAUUUGCAACAGACACCGCAAGAUGGCAAGGCCAGUCUACGAAUCUUUGGUUCGACGGAUAAUGUCUUUCGGCAAUUGUUUCAUCACAUGAAAUUGGCACCAGUGCCCAAAUCCAUAUCCAAACAAUAUAAGUUUCCAAAGGACAAGAAAUUCUUGAUUCCCUAUGAUGCUCAAGGCGACUUGUACUUGGUCAGUAAUGGUAGCGGCGGUGGCGGGAAUAAUGAUGGCGACUCCUACAAAAUGGUGUGGGAUCUAAAUGUCAAUGCCAAGGUCCAGAUUGUCAAUCACAACGUCGAAGGGGCAGGUCAACCCAGUCACCAGCCCGUUCUCGCGCAAAACCCAGAGUUGAUUGGUCGUGUCAUUGCAUGGGACAAUGAUAGCAUGUCCAUUCAAAUUUCCAUUUCUGGAGCAGUGUUUCGUCUGGGAUAUUGGUGGAUUGAAACGGCAAUGCAAGGGCGGGCUCUGACCUUGCCAUUGGUCAAUGUCAGCCCAAAGUUUGGUGGCGAUGGUACGCAGUAA